GACCGCAACACUGGUGUAUCAGACUGAUCAACACGACCUGUACUGACAAACCUGCCUGCAAACAUGGCCAGCCAAAGCUCAUGUAGUGCUGUCAUGGAUGAGCUGAAACUGAUAUUAGUGGGGAUGAGUGGAGUAGGAAAGAGUGCAGCAGGAAACACCAUCCUGGGGAGAGAGGAGUUUGAAUCUGAGACCAGCCCCUCAUCUCUGACCCUGACGAGCGAGGGAAGAGAAGGAGAAGUGUGUGGCAGAAGAGUCCUUGUGGUGGACACUCCAGGCCUCUGCAGCACUGAGCUGUCAGAGGAGAAGCUGAGAGAGGAGAUGCAGAGAGCCAUGUCUCUGUGUGACCCCAGGCUCCACGCUUUCCUCCUGGUCGUACAGCUGGGAAGAUUCACUCAGCAGGAGAAGAGAGUUAUGGAGACCCUGCAGGAGCUCUUCCCCGAGGGAGUGAAUCAGCACACCAUGGUCCUCUUCACUUAUGGAGACCAACUGAAAAAAAAAACCAUUCAAGAGUUCAUCAGCAGCGACACAAACCUACAGCAGCUCCUUGAGAAGUGUGGGAAUCGAUACCAUGUCUUUAACAACCAGCAAAUGGAGGAUCAUUCUCAGGUCUCAGAGCUGCUGUGGAAGGUUGAUAAGAUGGUGGCCAGUGAGAUGAACACAACGGUGGAAGAAGAAGCCAAAGAGAAAAAGAGAACUGUUAAAGCAGAAAGGGCUGUCAUGGAUGAGCUGAAACUGAUAUUAGUGGGGAUGAGUGGAGUAGGAAAGAGUGCAGCAGGAAACACCAUCCUGGGGAGAGAGGAGUUUGAAUCUGAGACCAGCCCCUCAUCUCUGACCCUGACAAGUGAGGGAAGAGAAGGAGAAGUGUGUGGCAGAAGAGUCCUUGUGGUGGACACUCCAGGCCUCUGCAACACUGAGCUGUCAGAGGAGAAGCUGAGAGAGGAGAUGCAGAGAGCCGUGUCUCUGUGUGACCCCAGGCUCCACGCUUUCCUCCUGGUCAUACAGUUGGGAAGAUUCACUCAGCAGGAGAAGAGAGUUAUGGAGACCCUGCAGGAGCUCUUCUCCGAGGGAGUGAAUCAGCGCACCAUGGUCCUCUUCACUUAUGGAGACAAACUGAAAAAAAAAACCAUUCAAGAGUUCAUCAGCAGCGACACAAACCUGCAGCAGCUCCUAGAGAAGUGUGGGAAUCGAUACCAUGUCUUUAACAACCAGCAAAUGGAGGAUCAUUCUCAGGUCUCAGAGCUGCUGCGGAAGGUUGAUAAGAUGGUGGCCAGUGAGAUGAACACAACGGUGGAAGAAGAAGCCAAAGAGAAAAAGAGAACUGUUAAAGCAGAAAGGGCUGUCAUGGAUGAGCUGAAACUGAUAUUAGUGGGGAUGAGUGGAGUAGGAAAGAGUGCAGCAGGAAACACCAUCCUGGGGAGAGAGGAGUUUGAAUCUGAGACCAGCCCCUCAUCUCUGACCCUGACAAGCGAGGGAAGAGAAGGAGAAGUGUGUGGCAGAAGAGUCCUUGUGGUGGACACUCCAGGCCUCUGCAACACUGAGAUCUCAGGGGAGAAGCUGAGAGAGGAGAUGCAGACAGCCCUGGCUUUGUGUGACCCUGGACCCCACGCUUUCCUCCUGGUCGUACAGCUGGGAAGAUUCACUCAGCAGGACAAGAGAGUCAUGGAGACCCUGCAGGAGCUCUUCCCUGAGGGAGUGAAUCAGCGCACCAUGGUCCUCUUCACUUAUGGAGACAAACUGAAAAAAAAAAACCAUUCAAGAGUUCAUCAGCAGCGACACAAACCUGCAGCAGCUCCUAGAGAAGUGUGGGAAUCGAUACCAUGUCUUUAACAACCAGCAAAUGGAGGAUCAU